AUGCCUCUCGUCGUGCCAGGAAUUCAGAGCCAGUCGGGCGACCUGACUGAAGAGUGGACCAAUAAGCUCGUCGGCAAGACGCUGCACGACGAAAAGUCCGACGAGACAUGCUUCUGCAAGAAAGACCUCCCCGAGAAGAGCCGCGUCAUCAAGCCUGGCCAGAUGGUCACCAAGGACUUUGACGAGAACCGUCUGAACGUGCAUGUCAAGGACGACGGCACCGUUUCCCACGUCGAGCGCGGUUAA